UCAUGGACAGCCCCGUGCAGUGGGCCCCCGGUGAUGGCAUCCGACAGUGAGGUGAAGAUGCUGCUCAACUUUGUGAACCUGGCGUCCAGUGACAUCAAGGCCGCCCUGGACAAGUCAGCACCCUGCCGCCGCUCCGUGGACCACCGCAAGUACCUGCAGAAGCAACUCAAGCGCUUUUCCCAGAAGUACUCCCGGCUCCCCCGGGGCCUGCCCGGCAGAGCAGCCGCUGAGCCCCACCUGAGAAGGGGGCCAGAAGAUCGCCCAGGGAGGCUGCUCCUCGACUCGUGUCCCGACUCCAGCCCCAGCGGAGGUGGGGGCUGCAAGGAGAAGGGCCUGGGGAAUCCUGUCCCCGGGGAAUGCCUCUCGCAGGAGCAGAUCCUGCAGGGGCAGGAUCCAGAAGCUGCCAGGCCUGGCCAGGUGCCCAUGCGGAAAAGACAGCUGCCUGCCUCCUUCUGGGAAGAGCCGAGGCCCACCCACAGCUACCCCAUGGGGCUGGAGGGAGGACUGGACCCCAGACAGGGACAUCCCUAUGAGGGAAAAAAAACUUGCAAGGGCUUGGAACCCUUGGGACCCGAGACUGCCCUGGGACCCCUGUCCCCAAGGGUUCUGGCUGAAAAGGAGUUGCUCAAGAUGCCCGGGGUACCCCUGGUGGGCCGGGUCAACGCCUGGAGCUGCUGCCCCUUCCAGUACCAUGGACAGCCCAUCUACCCGGGUCCUCCAGGCCUCCUGCCCCUGAGCCCUGUGCCCAGCCUGGGUCUGUGGCAGAAGAACCCAGCCUGUCCCGGGGAGCUAAGCCACUUCUGCAAAGAUGUGGAUGGCCUGGGCCAGAAGGUAUACAGGCCCGUGGUCCUCAAGCCCAUCCCCACCAAGCCAGCCAUGCCCCCGCCCAUCUUUAACGUCUUUGGCUACCUCUAG